GAGACGGAGGCGCACGAAGACGGAGGGUGUUCAUCGACAACAUGGUCGUGACGAAGGUGCUGUGCGUGGCUGAAAAGCCUUCCAUCGCCAAAGCGGUGGCUACACAUCUCGGCGGCGGACAAUUCCAGACACACAGUAUUGCGGGGAACCAGUAUGUCAAGAAUUACGAGUUUGGUUUCACCUUUCCCGGAUGGGGACCCUGUGAGGUGACCAUGACUUCCGUUCUGGGCCAUUUGAUGGAGCAGGAUUUCUCUGCCGAGUACAAGAACUGGCGGUCUCGAGAUCCAUCUGCCCUCUUCGAUGCCCCUAUCGAGACCUUUGUGGCCGACAAGAUGAAAGGCGUGGCCAAGAAUAUCGAAACCAAGGCUCGCUCUGCUCAUUAUCUGUACAUAUGGACCGACUGUGAUCGCGAAGGCGAGCACAUUGGUGCAGAGAUCCGGGAGUGCGCGUUCAAGACCAACGCGCGACUCCGCAGUGCAGGUAAAGUCGUACGUGCGCGUUUCUCGAAUGUGGAGCGCAACCAUGUGAUUGAUGCAGCUCGACGCCCUGUCGCUCUCGACGAGGCACAAGCCAACGCAGUUUAUGCUCGCACCGAACUUGACUUACGGAUUGGUGCAUGCUUCACACGCAGAUUGACAAUCUCAUUGCAACCCAUGCUGCCUGGGGCUGCUGAGGCCAAGAAGAUCAUCAGUUAUGGAAGCUGCCAAUUUCCCACUCUCGGCUUCGUGGUGGAACGAUAUAUGCGCGUGAGAAACUUCGUCCCUGAGACAUUCUGGUCGAUCAAGGUCACGCAUACGAAGGAAGAUGCAAAAGUCAGCUUCAAUUGGGCCCGCAAGCAUCUGUUCGAUCGCAUGAUUGCUGUCAUUUUGUACGAGCAAUGCAUUCAGGCGAGACAUGCGACUGUGACGAAGGUGCAGACUAUGCCCACUUCGAAGUGGAGACCGCUGCCUUUGACGACUGUCGAGCUGCAGAAAUGCAGCAGCCGCUUCCUUCGCAUGGACAGUCAGCGCGUCAUGGGCAUCGCAGAAAGCCUGUAUCAGAAAGGCUUCAUCAGCUACCCUCGCACAGAGACCGAUCAAUUCGAUCGGAACAUGGAUUUGCGGCAAUUGAUCCAGAACCAGGCUCAGAACCAAUCACGAUGGAGUCAACAUGCACAAGGUCUGCUCAGCAAUGGGUUUCAGUGGCCACGCGCUGGCCGGCAUAACGACAAAGCCCAUCCCCCCAUUCACCCGGUGAAUUUUCUAGGCCCAUCCGCGCUCGAUGCAGAAUCACAGCGGGUCUACGAGUUCAUCACCAGACGAUUCCUAGCAUGCUGCAGCGAUGACGCCAAAGGCAGCAAGACCGAAAUCACUAUUGCGUAUGGGCCAGAGACCUUCAGCGCAUCGGGAUUGACUGUCCUGGAACGUAAUUACCUGGAUGUAUACCCUUACGAUAAGUGGACGAGCAGUCAAGUUUUACCCGAAUUUCGCGAAGGCGAAGUCUUCGUGCCCACGGAGGCCCUGCUUCAUGAAGGCAAAACAUCUCCACCUGGCUAUCUUACAGAACCGGAAUUAAUCGCACUGAUGGACACAAAUGGAAUUGGCACAGAUGCAACGAUGGCGGAACAUAUUGCCAAGAUCAAAGAGCGCGAGUACGUGCAGACCAGACCUCGGGCUCGACAGCAACGUGACGUUGAAGACGCUGCAUCUGACGAGGACAGUGACGGUGCGGCGCCUGUAGAACGUGGCCGGGGUCGUGGGAGAGGGAGAGGUCGCGGUGGUCGUGGCAGGGCAGGUCGUGGAGGCGCAAGUCGUCGAGUUGGCGGCAGCACUGCAGGCGUGGAAGAGUUCAUUCCCACCACGCUGGGUGUCGCGCUGGUGGAGGGCUACGAAAGCAUGGGUCACGAAAUCAGCAUGGCCAAGCCUUUCCUCCGCAAGCAGAUGGAACUCAAGAUGAAAGCUAUAUGCGAGAGCCGCACCACCAAGAGCGCUGUAAUUCACGAAAUGGUGGAGCAGUACCGGGCCACAUAUACGCGAACAGUUCAAGGCAUGAAUCUCCUUCAGGCUUCCGUCCGUCGAUAUGUGCAAGGCCUGCCACGCUGAGACAUCGACUCCCGUCAAUUUGCAGAUUUGAGCGUGUCGAGGUUUUCUUGUGGCAGAGACGUUGACGCAUUGUACCGCGUCGGGACCAUGUGUCGGUCGACUCUGGGCGCGUUGUGUUCGGACCGCACGGUUGGCCAUCACGGCCCUCUCACACUCUCUCUCCCUUGUGAGGCGACGAGUGUACGACUGUGAUAUCCCCAGACACAUGAAAACAGAAAUAGUUCAAAUGAAUAAAUUGCCACUACUUGAUUCGAUGCGCUGCCUGGGCAGCCACGGAUGGCGGAAUAGCGAACCUUUGAAUCAGGCGCGCGCACAAUUUGCACUGAUUAGAGUACCGAAGUCCAUCUUCGAAGUUGCAUGGACCUCACUUUAUCGUGGUCCAAGUGACUGUGGGCCAUUUUGUGCUUCUAUACCUUACUCAUGCCUCAGGCUAGCCGGGUAAAAUGCUCAUCCC